UUCAACCUCUGUCAGUUUCCGUCUGGUGCGUAGCUACUUGUAGCUGUGUAGACACCAGUGCGAAACCAACGGAAGUGGUGGCGGCUGCGGUAGAAGCAUCUGACGAAGGUGGACGCAGUGCCGGUGGUGGUGGUAGACGAACGGCGGCAGGAAAGGCAGCGCAGCAGCGGAUUGUGGUGACGGGCGACUGCGUUGGCGGUGGUCAGCGUCGCGCCGCUAGGAUUACCGGACCGUCCAGCACUAGGAAGCAGCAGCGGCAGCACGCUGGAGCAGAUACGAAGGCGAAACCGUCGUCGUCGUCGUCGUCGUUCUCGCCAGCAGGAGCAGGAUCCGCAUCGGCAGGGAUACAGUUGGCAGGGGAGUGCGUAACAGCGGCAGCAUCCACGUCCACCUCCUCAUCGGCGUCAUCCUGUGGCGCCAUCCAUCCACCACGGUCCGCUGCUGGUAGUGGAGGGGGAGCAACCGAGGCGUCGUCCUGUGACGACGGUACCACCAGCAUCACCACUACCAGCACUAGCAGUAGCACCGGCAGGAUGGUGGUAGCGUCGUCCGGGCACGCAUCGGGCAGUGCCGGACAGCAGCAGGCACGGAACAGCAACCAUCAGCACAGGCUGGCCCAGGUAGCCAGCCCCGGUACCGGCAUGACACCGAAAGAGCUGUCCGACAAUGAUGAUCUCGCCACCGGUCUGGUGCUCGACACCAUACUCGGGUUUCAGACACACAAAAUGAGCCUUAAGUAUCGGCCGCUCAAGGCAAAUAAAGAUGAGAUCAAGAACAUCAUAGAGGAGUUUAUAAGGACACAAAACUAUGGAAAAUGCUACCAGCAGCUUAUGAACGGCAACUGGAUGCCACGAUCCGUGUUGAAUAAAAACAAGUUGGCACUGAAGCGACUAGAGGCACACAUCUAUCGCUACCUUCGGGUGUUUGAUCAGCAUUCCGGGUUUGUGAUCGAGGCCUGCUAUCGUUACUCGCUCGAGGGUCAGAAAGGUGCCAAAAUUUGUUCCACCCGGCGCUGGAUGAAAAAUGAGAAAAUUGAAUGCCUGGUGGGCUGUAUCGCGGAGCUGACCGAACGCGAGGAAGCCGAUCUGUUGUAUCCGGGGCGGAACGAUUUUUCCGUAAUGUACAGCUGCCGUAAGAACUGUGCCCAACUGUGGUUAGGACCGGCUGCGUACAUCAACCACGACUGUCGCGCUAACUGCAAAUUCGUAGCGACCGGGCGCGAUACAGCCUGCGUAAAGGUGCUGCGUGACAUUGAGGUAGGCGAGGAAAUUACCUGUUUCUAUGGGGAAGAUUUUUUCGGCGACAACAACUGCUACUGCGAGUGUGAAACGUGUGAAAGGCGUGGCACCGGUGCGUUUGCCGCCCGGGCACGGCUCAUCGAGAGCGCAGCACUGUACAACGGUGCGGGCGAUACCAGCUCGAGCGGCAGCGGUAGCACUACAGGUGGUAUCAGCGGUACCGGAAGUGAAGGGCCGGAUGGUGGGGCAGGAUACGAUCCGGCCCUAGCGGGAAGCGGUGUGAAUGGGCUUGGUGGCGUAGUGGUUGGUAUCGUCGGCACAGCAAACGGUGCUGGCGUGCGGUACAGGCUGCGCGAAACCGACAACCGGCUAAACAGGAUGAAAAACAAGCGUAACAAUGGUGUCGGCACCGGUGGUAGUAGUGGUGUUGGCGAUCUGAACAGUGGAAAGCUGACGGCAAUCGGGAAGGAGCCACCGUCCGCGCUCGGUAUGCUGACGGUGCGCGAACUGCGCGAUAAGGGCAUGACGAAGUACGAUGCGGAGAUGCUACUCGCCCAGCAGAAGCCGUACUGCACGAAUGCGGCGGUUGUUGCACCGUUGCCACCACACGGACGUCCACACGACGGUUCUGCCACGUCUAGCGGUCAGUUUGGUCCGGAGGUGGAUGAUAACAGUACAGCCAGUCACGGUAGCAAAAAGGUGGUAACCGAGAAAAGUGAGUCACAGCUAAAACGUGCCACACGUUCAUCAACCUGCAGCAGUAUGAAGACGUCCGCUGCGAAACCGGACGAAUGUUCGAAAGGGCAGGAAAAGAAACGGGACGGUACGUUCGAGGAGGGUAACGGUAAGGUGCCACAUCAGAGUAGGGCGCUCGGCACCAAGACAAACCCUCGGCGAAGGUACAGCAGCUACAGUAUUGUCGAUACGGCACCGUACGAUGAACCUGCGACCGGUAAACCAUCGUGCAACGCGACCACUCGACACCAGACGAACGAGACGAAGCGUAAAAAAAAGAAGCAUUCGGCAGAGAAUGGUCCACGGCGACGGGCAGCAUCGGUAGCACCCGGGAAGGUACAUGCACGGUCCGGUAAGGAUCUUACCGACGAUGUGAUUGUGAUCGAUGAUGAUUGCAGCAGCAGAAGUAGCAGCAGCAGCAGCAGUAUGCACUCGUGCAACUCGGGCACCGGUACGGAAGCGCAUCUGCCAUUUAGUCAACAGUCCGUGCGCAAUCGAAAGCGUCGGGCGAGCAUGUACACUAGCAGCAGCCGAAGCAUAUAUACGUUCCACGAUGACACGCUCGAUGGUACACCGCCGAACGGGUAUUACGCACUUCGCAACCCAACCACGGCUCAUCCACAGCACCACCAACAGCAACAUUCGAAUCCGUUUGCUGCCGGUAUUACGGCAGACGAGUCGCAACUGUCGUCGUCGUCCAACCGCAAGCAACCGGUAACGCACCGUUCGGUUUCUCAGGUAACGACGAGCCGCAAGCGACCGAGAGAAACGACACCGGAGGGACAGGGUGGAGGAGGGAACGCGUCGGCUAAACGUGCCGGCGGCAGUCUGGUCGGUGGUAACAAUGGUUCACAGCAAAUCAUGACCCGUCGAAUGUCUUUACGCGUGGCGAAUGCUACCAACCUUGUCACCGGGACAGGAAUGGGUCCGGAAAGCAUUUCGAUACUGCCAGCUGGGGAAUCCGAAUCCGAAAUAAGUCCACGGGUAACGCGCGGUAUGUUACGUUUGCUGGAAGAUCACGAAGCAGCAACGGAUGCUAGUGGAACGCAAAAGCACCCCAAAUCGUCGGCCACCUCCCGUUCGAACGCGUCACGUGUUGGGACGGAGGAGCAUGGGAGUGAAGGAGGUAGUAGCAUGAACGGUGAUAGUGUCCGAUUUGGAAGGGGCUGGUCAACGGUUACAACCACCGUGGGCGAGGAUGAGCACACAACCGAACAACAAACGCGCACCGGGAAGGCAACGUCCUCGAAUCGAGGUAGCCGAAGCCGAAAAACGAAGCUACAGACGUCACGCCAGCGCGAAGAAGAUGUCGAGCGGGGAGCGAUGGUGCAAGGUGUGGAUGGUGCAGCAGCAGUUGACGAAGCCGGUGCACUAUUGAAGCGAUUGCAGCAGACACGAACGAGCCAGGCUGGUUUUAUGCCUGCAGCGAACAUUCGCACCCGGAAGCAGCUGUCACCAACAAAACGAUCUAGUGGUAAGGAUUUGGUUGUCAAUGGGAGAAGGUCUACCGAACAUCAAACUGCUAACGCUUGCGUCAGCGCUACGGCAACGGGAAACACACCGGCUGAUGGGUACGGGUAUGAGGAGGAAGGGGAAGAAGAGGACAACGACGAUGAGGACGAUGUUUUGUGGCAGCAUCCAGCGACACACGGUGGCGUUGGUGGUAAAGGCAGCAGCAGUAGUAGCGGCAGCAACACCUUACUACACAGCAACAUCCCGACGAGCUCCACCGUGUUUGGGUUGCAGAAGCGUACGACCGACCGUAGCCCCAUCCUGUCAAGCUUUUCUUCCUCUUCCUCCUCAUCGUCCUGUUCUUCUUCAUCCAUUUCGUCUAUCUCAUCGGUUUCGUCUGCGCGAUACAAGGGUGCGACACUGCAGAAGGUUGCUGAACAGCAUCGUUUAAAGCUGAAGCUGCGCAUGAAACCUGUCUCGACGACGGAUGACGAUGAUGUUGGCGGGGUGAUCGGUACCGGUUUGCAUGCCGCACCGCAUCUGGUGAACGUCGAUCGGUUACGGCAGUCAUGGUCAUCCGCCGAUAUACGACCGGCACAGGUACCGGGUGAACCGGUACGGGAAUCCGGUAGCAAUAGUCAACCGGCCGGUAAAGCUAACCGCAGAAGGGAUGCACACCCACACGGGGACGGACAGUCCACCUCGGUCGGGAGCACCACGUACGGUAGGGAUGAUGACGGUAGUGAGCAACCGACACCGGUAACGACGGUAUCGGACGACGAUGACGAGGACGACAUCAUACUGUCGAAGAUACUGCAGUGCGGCAAGCAGCGUACGGCUAACGAUGGCAACGAUGCGUAUCGGGUGCACGAUACGGCAACGCGCACUCACGGUUCCAACAGUAUCAGCAGCAUGGCAAUUAGUUCUUCCACCCCAUCCCAGACAGAGAACGGUGCGUUGCUUGCUACCGUCACUAACCCAACAACCCAUACGGCUAGCAGUGCCAGCACCAAGCUAUCUCCUUCCUCCUCCACGGCGCCAGCGAUCGAACCGUUGAUGAGAACACCGGAACGAAGAUUAAAGCUGACGCUACGCAUGAAGCGUAGCCCGGUGAUCGAUGAGAUAAUCGAGUCCGGUAAUAGCUUAAGCGAUGCAGACAACGGUGGCAGCCCGAGCGCAUUCCGGCGCGAGUACGAAAUACUUCGCAUGGAAGGUUUACGGGAACUAGAUGAGGAAGGGGAGGAGGAAGAGCGUGAGGAAGAAACAGACCGCCCGUACCGAUCGACGUGUCGUGCAGCUAAUCUUAGUAGACGUUCUCUUACAUACGAUUCACCCGCCAGCAGUAGUACACAUUCUUUAAGCGAUGGUGCACUUCAUUCUAGAGCGAAAGCGGAUGAAGCGUACCGGCACGACGGCGAACCUGCCAACGGUGGUGAGAAGCGUUUGCCGCACCACAGGGAAUGGACGCGAGACAUCGUCGACGAAGCAGCGAAGGUCGACGAGGAUGAAGAGGAGGACCUUACGUCGUACAGCAGCAGCUGCAGCAGUCUCGUGUCGCAGAAGCGCAAGAAACGCCACAAAGCAUCGAAGGAGGCACGCCGAUUGCGCAAGGAAGCGAAACGGCAGCGACGUAUGCAGCUGUACGAUGCGGUCUGUGCGGAGCAGCACGGUACGGUGAAGGAGAGGCAAAAGUAUCGUACCUGCACAACACCGCAAGAUGCAGCAGCGUUCGACGAGACCAGCGAAAUGGGUGGCAACGGUGGAGGGAGCGGUGCGGUGGUAGCACCGCCACCACCACCUCCACCACCACCGCCACCAAUACCUUCGUUGCCUCCACCAUCACCAGUAUCGAUGGUUCCGGUAACAUCCGUAAUGGAGCAGCACAAUGGAACUGUGGACGCCAACAGUACCACCUCGACAACCACCACCUCAUCCAAGGGUGGACUGGCCGGGGGUGAAACAACGGUGUAUCAGCGGACCCAAUACCCAGCUAAUCACUUUUCCCAUCAUCCCCACCAACAAACACUACAGUCUGUGAUACUGCAGCCGACCGCACUGCGCGGUGUACGUACCGAACCGACUGAUACCGUCGGUCGGGAUGAUUGGGGCGAUGAGAUGCGGCGAAUUAAUGUCCACUGGUCACUGGCGAACCCGGCCACCGGUGGUACGAUGUACGGCGAUACGGUAACGAGUGCCGCUACGGGUACGACGGGCGUCUGCGAGGGUGUUGGGAAUGGCGGUAUCGGACUGCCGAUGAAACGAUUGCGACUGAUCUUUGGCAACGAAACGCACACGCGCGACAUUCCGCUGCUGGAAGCACCGAACACCACUAGCAACACAGCGAACACUGCCACUAGCGCAGCGAAUGGCGUUAUAAUGGCACCGUCCAACGUGCACUGUUCGCCUGUGUCCUCCACCGGUACGUUAACCGCAGCACCGAUAUCACCGGUAACAACGCCUGCUGUAACACUGCUGCGCAACGGAGAACACACCGGCAAGGCACACUGUCCCGUGUCGAAUCUAAUCAUUAGCAACACGCCGGGUGUAAUAGUGGGACCGGCACGUACGAUGACGAUGCAACCACAUCAUUCCCCAACGUCCAUGAUGGUACACAAUGGUAGUAAUGGUGUUAUUAACAGCACCGGUGCGGUUGGUGUUGGUAGCAACGGGAUACUACAACGGUCGCAGCAUCUUCAACAACCAUCAACAACAUCGUGUACAGGUGAUACCAGCGGUGGAGGUAGCGUUAGUGGCGGUGGUGGUGGUGGCGGUGGCGGUGGAAACGGAUUGAUGUUACGCGCCCAGUACGUUCAGCAACCGCCAGCAACGAUAUCGACCGACGUACAGUGCGGUGCAGUCUAUCCACCUGCCUCGAAUGGUGGAGACGUUCAGCGGGGCAGCAGCACGGUUGGUGGGCUGCAAACAACGAGAUUCUUACUCUUAUCGUUUCCAUCGACGCUUGACGUUCAACCGUGUGCCGGAAAUGGUACCAGCUGGUAGCGCGGGACCUCCCACCCAAUCACGCACCGUGACUGAUGAUGAUGCUGCUGGUGUAAAGAUUCGUCUAGCACUACUUGGUAGUGCUAGUUGGAAGGGAAGGGAACGAGAAGGAUGGGGAAAGAUAGCAGCGCUGAGAACGUACUGCAGAAACUUCCUCGCGCGAAGUCGCUAGUGCUUCCAACAGGAUCAUUUGGCGUGCGCACGUGUAGCGUACGAUAACAGUGUUGCGUUCGUUCGGGAUAAUCACGGGCGCAACGUACAGCAAACCGGAUAUCUCCAUAGCAAAAAGGCAUCGGUGUUCCUAAACCAUUCCGAGAUCGCUUAUUGAGGCUUUCAUUUUUAUAGCCAUUGUUUCUGCUUCUCGUUUGUUUUCCUGUUUAGACCGUGAAAUGUUGAAUGUUUGCUUUAAAAUUCUAAUGUAGCAUUAAUUUAUUGCCAAAUUCUUUUUUUAUUUUUCUAGUCCAUAUUCCUGCCAUGCUGGAGCAGCUUUUCUGUUUCACUGUGGUUGGAAUGAGGAAGAUUUAUGUUUAUAGAUUUAUUCUAUUUUGAAAGUAUACAGUUUACUCUCACUAGCGAUCUCGUUUCGGUUUGGAACAUCAUCAGAGAGUAGGCGAAAGGCAGAAACCCUCGAAAGCAAAAGGAAGCAAAGGAAGAAUACUGUUCCAAGCAGCACGAGAAAAUUACUGCAGGACUAAUUUAGGUUAUUAUUGGUCUAGUCGACGAUCUCAAACACGAAACACGAAAGCACAACCAAUUACUAUUGUGCGGUCGCGCGUGUAUGUGUACGUUGUACGUAGCGAUAGGGCGUAUUUCUGCCGCCUGGACCACCGUACACGUCAUUUCGAUAUCCCUAUUAAACCGCCAGAAACCACAGAAACCUUACCUGGUUCGUCGAUCUAGCUGCAAAGGGGCACAACUGGAUCACUAGGUGUACAGUCAUAUGAUUUAGAUGUAAUUACUAAGCAGGAUUAUUGAAUUACCCGUCCCAUAUCCAUUCUUAUAGUGCAAGGAGGCAGGCAAACGAUGUCCUUUCGUACUUUUAUGCUACAGGCAGCCUAUGUCUUCGAUGAAAAAUUUGUUGUGAAAUUUUCUUCGAUCAGUCAGUUUAUUUAGUUUCCGAUGCGAAACUAGUCUUGCGUAGAAUAUUAAUAUUUAUCGUUCAUGAAUGGAAAUUUAUCUUUUUUGUUUCUGUGUUUUUCUUUGUUCUUUUGUAGCACUUUUUCCUCCCCCAAAAACAACUGUGUACUCGUAACAGUGUUAGAUCAAAAUUCGGACAACACAUGCAACACAUGGAUGCAACAAUUUAACAUAAAUGAUAACAGCGUUAAUGCCUGGCUAUUUGUUUACUGUAUUUUUUUUUAGAAAUAUUUACUAACUUCAAUUGCAUUUUAAUUACGUUUAAAAAAACACAUUUGUAUGACGAUAACUCGAUUUGGUGGAAGUACACUGCAGCAAGUGUAACACGUAUUGAUUUCUGUACAGAAUUACAACUGCGCAUCGUGUAGAUGCUGUGUGAUAACAAGGACGUUAUUUCUUCUAGAAUGUUUCACAAACUAUUAUAUUUGUCUUUACCAGCGGAAAUUUGUGUUGCUAUAUUGACUAGCCUAGGAUAGUCCUUGGGACCGUCCUUACCGGAGGCAUAGUGCUUUGAUUUGUUUCUCACCAAUCAUGUACAGCUGUACGAAGACUAGUGAUCCAGAUGCAAACCGAUGUUCAUCCAGGGUCAGGAUUAGGGUGUUGCCGUACACAUCUUCAAUAGUGCAAUAAGUUCUUCAAUAGCUGCACGAUACUUACACACGGUGCAUUUAGAAGUUGAACGCACGCAACUGCUGAGAAAGCGAGGUACCCAGCUGCUACACUUUCCGUAAUUAAAAAAAAGAAGAGUGGUUUAAUAUAUACAAUGCUACACCAUGCCCAACGGUAUAUAGCGUUCCAGCUCGCUACAUUAGCCAGAGCUCCGAUUGUUCUUAUGAUUUAUUCAAUGUAAGCUUAGCUCUUCAACGAUGAUGUGCGUUGUUUAGACAGAGGCGGAAAAUUGGUUGAAUGGGGCUAGGGGGAGAAGGACGUGUGGGAAGGAAAAAAGUUGAGGAGCGAAACCAUUAGUUUUUAGCUACAUUUUUGUUUCAUAUUGUGUUUUAAUCUAACUAACCUAGCGUACGAUUGCCGCUAGAAAUAAGCUCUAUAGGUCAGGUACAGCAGUAAAGCGCGCUCCACCCAACUGUAAAGGUGAUGUGCUCGAUGCAAUCAAAGAUUAAAUUCUCAUCUAGAUGAACCUUACCCCCCCGCUCGGCUCGUCAUCCAUCGCUAAACAAACAUUUUUCUUAAGGAGGUCCUUUGGAUUUUGAAGUGAAACGAAAAACGUGGUUAGCAGAAAUGAAUUUACAGUGCAGAUGUUAAGCAUUGAUCCCAAUUGAAUUUGGAGGGGAUUGGUUGGUAACGGGGGAGUUAGCAACGCGACAUUUAUAUUGUACGAUACCGAAGUGUAAUUUAGAUGUAAUAAGCUCCGUAGACUGACUGGAGUCGGAUGAAUAAAACGGUCUCAUCACGUACUGCCAUUUCAUACUGCUGUUUCUAUUUCUCGCGCGCUUUCUCUCUCUCACUCUCCAUCUCUUUCUUUUCCAUUUCAUUCUUUCGCUCUCUCUCUCUAUCUCUUUCUGUUGCUUUCUUUUAUUUUUCUUUCCUCUGUUUAAUGAGAUUAGUUUCUACUCCAUGUCAAGGGAUAGCUUAAGCAAAACUAGUAUGUAAUGCCCAUUGGCGCUGGAGCAGGCAAAGAAUUUCGAACAAACUUCGAACAAAACAACAAUGCCAUGGCAGAUCGAUGUUAAGUUUUAAGGUUACGAUGUAUUACUGUCCCAAGACGCCAGGAUAUGUGUACUCGACAGGAGUAGAACACUCGUGCAACAGAUAUAGAUAGAUGGGGUUUGUGUUAGGCCGCAAGUUAAGUUACAUCCACUGUCCGCUGAGCGAGAAGCGGUAAAGCAGAAGAAUUACGAACCGGAUUAGAAGAACGCAUGGUUGUGGUGUUGUGGAUGCCGAUAACUUCGAUGCGCUCAUCCAUACGCUGGUACCGGACGCCAGGGACGUAUUGAUGUAGUUUAAAUUUGUCCAAUUUUGCUUUACGACGGCAUAACGCCAUCUUCUAGUAUUAAUGUACGUCACAGAUCGAUGUGCUAGCUUGUCGUAGCCGGGAAAAAAACAAAGAUUCAGUCGGAUACGAUCAAAUCCUCAAGGUAUUUCCACUACUUACUGGUAACGUUUAUUUCAAACCGAACAAAGCUGCCACUGUUGCACAGUUUAUGGCUUAAGAUCCCUUGGUAUUGACUCCCUUUUUGGCAGGCCAAUCGUAUGGUAGCUUUCUCGUCUUACCAUGAAUUGAGUUUUUAAAGCAGUUUACAAUAAUGUACUUUCAACGACUGAUCGGGACUCGACUAGUGUCAGCAGGUUAGCACCUAGCUAGAAAGAAAGCGUAACAUAAAAUAGGCAUAAUAAGCAGGUAGUAUGCGUCCUACCUCUAGGGAGCUUGUUGGAAUUAUGUCGAGAAUAGUGCACUGAUUUGACCUUUCAUAACAGCGAGGACAAAGAAAGGACAUAAACUUAGCAGCUAUAGGACAAGGAUAGGUGAUGGCAGUACGGCAAAAAAAAAUAAUCCCGACAAAUUAUGCCAAACCUAGCGUGUAAGAUCGCUAACGGCCAAGCAAGAACAUACGGAAGAAAGUAGAAGAAAAAAAAACAAAAGAAAGAACGAAAGGUGAUUGUGAUAGUCAACAAUGGUCGUACGGUGGACACAGGGGGCCUCUGUGUAGCUUAGGUGAUGGAAGACGUUGUGAAUACUGCGACUAAUUUGAAUGUAAUGAUUAUUAAAUAGUUUAGUAUCUAACUUGAAAUACAUAAACAAAGAAGAAGAAGAAAAGAGAAGACACACAACAACAACAAAAAAUGUGAGAAGAUAUUAGCGUUGGGCGCAGCGCCAAUUGAUGAAUGUGCUGCUGGAUAAUAAUCAUAGUAACCGUAACGAUAAUACUAAUAAACUACAUGAAAAUGAAUUGCAACACACGUGCGAUAAAACAUGUAAGACAAAUAA